AAACGCAUAUUUCGAGCACACUUCAGUGCUGUGACGGAUCAGGAAAUCCAUGGGGCUAUGCGGGAUCUUCGUAGUCCGAAUAAAAAUGAGGCCCUGUCUGUGGACGCAAGGCAGGAGUUGGAUUUGCGUAUCGGUUGCGCAUUUACACGAUUCCAGACAAAAUUCUUCCAGGGCAAAUACGGCGACUUGAACAGCAAUCUGGUCUCUUACGGCCCUUGUCAAACACCCACCCUGGGAUUUUGUGUCAAACGUCAUGAUCGAAUCCAGUCAUUUAAGCCCGAAUCUUUCUGGCGUAUUAAAGUCAAUUUGGCUGCGAUUGACGGAGGUUCACCCCUGGAACUGUGCUGGGUUCGUGAUCGUCUGUUUGAUCGUGAAGCGGCCAUGGUUUUUCUCAACCGUGUCAAAGGUUGCAACACCGCUGAAGUGCUUCAAGUUUCACGGAAAGAAAAGGUCAAACCUCGCCCGCAAGGUCUGAACACGGUGGAGAUGUUACGCGUGGCUAGUUCGGCCCUCGGAAUCGGACCGCACACUGCAAUGGCCGUAGCCGAACGACUGUAUACCUCAGGCUAUAUCAACUACCCGCGUACAGAAAGUACCGCCUAUCCGAGCACGUUCGAUUUACGUGGUCUGGUUCAGAAUCAGACCGGACAUCCGCAUUGGGGUGAUAUUGCCCGGGAAUUGCUGAAGACUGGUCUUACUCCGCCUCGAAAGGGUCACGAUGCUGGUGAUCACCCGCCUAUCGCUCCAAUGCGUUUGGUCACCCCGAACGAGUUGGGAUCGGAUGCAAGUCGCCUGUACGGGUACAUUGCACAGCACUUUUUAGCCACCGUACGUCAAUCUGUUUUUUUUUUCUUGUCCGUAUCACAGAAUUCCCAACCACCAUUAGGUCACAAAAUGGGGCUACAAAUGUUAUUUGUGUGA